GGGGUUGGCACUUCCCUGUCAGUCGUCGUUUCUUUUUGGCGAACCAGAUGUUGACACAUCUCUCGGCGCCUACCUCGGAGCCUUUGCUGCCUGCCGGUUCGACCAAAGCAACAAAUAUUAGUCUCUCAGUUCAUCGUGGGCCGAGUUAUUAAUUAGCAUCCAAACAUGCCGCAGAAGAAGCUGCUUUAAAUACAGGAUCCAAUGUUUGCGGCUUGCCUUUGCUUGGUAUUUUGCCUUUCGGCGCCGGCUGCUGCUCGGGACAGUACGGGCGACCCCCCGCCCAAUGACCAACCUGUCGGCUGGCAAGCUGGAAAUAGCCACCGCGGCACUUGGGACAUUACUAGCAGCUGCUUAUCAACCAUCGUUGCCUGCACGUGGAGCAUUCAGCAUCUCAACGUCCCAGGGGGUCGACGAGAUGGCAAAUGGAGCCGGCGGUUGCGGAGCGUCAAGUGGAUGAUCAUAACGAUAUUGUUCCCCGAGUUGAUCGUCGUCCACGCCAUCUACGAAUUCGUCAUGGCUUUGCAGGCUCUUCGGCUGAUGGAACUGAACGGGAGAUCUGUUGAGCUGCCCUGGUGGCUCACUCCAAGGCGUUCAUACUUGCUGAACCGUUUUUCGUACUGGCUAUUAUGCUCCUCCAAACAGCAGAAAGCCGCAGACACCGAAAGCCAACCUGUCGAAGAUAGUUCAAAGUGGACACUUACCCACUGCUUCUUCGCGAACAUGGGCGGUUUCUAUUACGAGGAGGCGGAAGGACAGCAACAAUUUCCACUGACGGCCCUUCAACUGGCGGAAGAGUCAGGGUUUGAGGUCCCAACGAUUACGGAGGAGGAGAUUGCGGACAAAAGCAAGCGUGACUGGUUCGCAAAAGGCGUUGCCGUUUUGGGGUUCCUGCAGCUCGCACUCUCCCUCAUCGUGCGAACGAACCAGGGGCUAGCCUUCUCACAACUUGAGACGAUCACGUUGGGCUUCGCAGUGUGCGGCGCAGUUAUUUACCUUGUCUAUCUCUCCAAGCCUCAAAAAGUGGAAACGGGAAUGCGACUCAGACGACAGAACAUACCGGUACCAGGAAGAUCCCCCCAGCAAGUACCCUCACAGGACGAAUUAUCAUGGGAGGCAUCAUCAUCACGGGAGGCAUCAUCAUCACGGGAGGCAUCACCAUCACGGGAAGCAUCAUCAUCACGGGAGGCAUCACCAUCACGGGAGGCAUCUUCGCCCCCCAUCCUGCGCUUCAAGAAAACAUACGACAGCUUCUGGGAUGUCUUAAUGAACAAGCCGGGUCACGCCAUUACGGAAGGGGGCAAGCCAAGCUCUGGGAUCCCAGACAGGAUCCCAAAUGACAACAUCCCGAUUUCCGAGAAUCCUGUCGCUCAUCCGGGCGUCUAUCUCUUGGCUUUUGCGUCAGGACUCUUUGGUGCCAUGCAUGCCAUAGCCUGGCAUUUCGAAUUUCCUUCGACCGUGGAGAGAAUCCUCUGGCAGACCGCCACUGUCGUCGCCGCGGGGAGUCCGGUUGUUGGCCUGGUCACGAUACCCUUCGCACAGUGGACCGUCUCCACAGGUGAUCCCGAACUCUUCGCGGGAAAUUGCCUUCGGUUGAUGAGGGAGUACUCUUGGUAUGUUCGUGAUAAAGGCCCAGUUGGCGAAGCAUACGAGAAGCUCGAGGACGCUAUCGCCCAGCCGCAUGCACCGCAACCUUACACUAGCAUCUUUUCCCUAGAGCAGAAUCAGAGCGGCGAGCGGACGUCAGAUCUUGUGUCAGACCUACUCAACUUCUUGGAGAGUCCAGGCGAGUUUGGCCACCUGGAUACGAAUCAACUGGAUCUACACAUGGACAGUGAAUUCAUUAAAAACUUCCAACACUUAGAUCGCUUGAUGAGAGGGGAGGAGGUGUCGAAGAAGCUCUUGGAAAAAGCCACGACGAGUCUCUUCCCACGGAAGAACUUACUUCCCUCAACAUUGGAUCUGAAUCUGGGAAUUCUCUAUGUGACGAGCUUGCUAUACUGCCUGUCCCGUUUGUCACUGCUGGUUAUCGCGUUCUCAAGCCUUCGCCAGAUGCCGGAGUCCGUAUAUGUCAGCACGCCUUGGACGGGGUAUAUUCCUACGCUAGAGUCGAGCAGAUAGGUUCUGCUGCCGAUUUGGCACGUCGCUACAGUGGGUUUAUUUUAUUCAUGCUUGGGAGAAUCAGGUUUCUUCGGCAUCUGGUUCCUGGCAACCUGUCCUGUCAAUCUCAUACUCUUGUCCAGCUUCGGCCCUAGCCCUUCGCCUCAUGAAGUCUUGCGUUUGUUGGCAGUGCUGCUUGCGGGAUCAUCUAAAGGUUGUAGGCAAGACUUGGAAGGGUAAGACCGAAGAUGUCUGGGAAUGUUGCUGGUCGUCUGGUGGCCUUGAGUUUCUUUACCGCUCGACGCAUGUGGGAUCAGAGCAAGGUCUGAGGAUGAAGGGCAGGUCUCCCAAACUGUGCCUGAGGA